UAUGUCAUCUUUCUCUGUGUGAUUAAAUGGCGUAUGGUAAACCGUGUUGUAACUAUUAUUUCUCUCUCAAUAUAUUUCAGUGGCGACGAAGUGGUUAAAAUGUCGAUCGGUAAAAUUUCCGAGUUUAAUAUGCAUUCGGACAAUUGGAAAUUGUACGUAGAAAGGUUGGAACAGUACUUUAAAGUGAACAAAAUUGAUAGUGACUUGUAUGUUCCGACAUUAAUAACGGUCAUGGGUGCCGAGUGCUAUGAACUGUUGGUGAAUUUGUGUACACCUGCGAAACCCACGUCAAAAACUUUCAGUGAACUAACGGUUAUAUUGGAAAAACAUUUACAACCAAAACCAAGUAUACUGGCGGAAAGGUUUAAAUUUCGACAUCGCAAGCAAAGGGAAGGUGAAAGUAUAGCAGAAUAUGUUGCUAUAUUGAAAUGUUUGUCCAAGACUUGCGAAUUUGGCAAUUGGUUAGAAGAGAGUUUGCGGGAUCAGUUUGUGUGUGGCAUCACGAGCGAAACGAUACGUCAACGGUUGUUCGCAGAAGAGAAGUUGGAUUUUGGGAAGGCGUACGGUUUAGCUAUGAGCUUAGAAGCGGCAGAGAAGAACGCGGCUAUCGUGGAGGCGCCUCCGAGUUCAAGUUCAGGGCUAUCAAGCGGCGCGAGCAAGUUUGCAGAAUGUCAGGCCAUCGCGGGCGCAGGACGUCGACGGGCCCCGGGUGGCGGGGCGGAGGCACGGCGCGUAGAUGAUGACGGUCGCGGCAGGCGGCGUCAGUCGGGAUUCCCUCAGGGGGUGCGCGCGGACGUCCGCUCGGCAGUUAACCCAUUGACAGGUUCAGUGUCAGCGCAAGGCAAUCGCUGUAGUGUGUGUGGGCUAUUCCAUAAAGGCGGCGGCCGGGACACCUGUAAAUAUCGUCAAUACUUCUGCCGAAUUUGUGGCUCCCAAGGUCAUCUUCGUCGUGUCUGUCCUUAUCUGGCAAACCAGCACCGGGUAGAAGUAACAGAAGGCCCUUCUACCACUGCAGGCAGUGAUAACAGUGAGGAUAGUGACGAGGUAAUUAGUACUUGCAUAAAUAAUCUGUCAAUCCAGCAGUGUAAGCCUAUAGAAGUGACGUUAAAUAUUCAGGGUCAGGAUUUGACGAUGGAGUGUGAUACAGGCAGUGCCGUGUCAUGUAUCAGUUAUAAUUUGUAUAAAAGAAAAUUUAGUGAUUUAAAGCUAUUUAAUAGUAAGUUGCAAUUGAGAUAUUACACUGGAGAGUGUAUAUCGCCCGUGGGCCUUUUGAAACCACUAGUAAGAUAUGGACAGACUAAAAAAUAUUUAGAUUUGUAUGUAAUAAAUAAUGGCAAAACUAGUCUAUUAGGUAGACAGUGGCUAAUUGAAUUAAAUGUAAGAAUACCCAGUUUCGUGAGCUCUGUUAAUAGCAUCGUAGAGGAAGUUUUUAACAUGGAAAAAUUCAGUUCCAGAUACUGUAAUGUGUUCGCGGACGGCCUGGGACGGUUCACCGGCGGCCGGGUGAGCAUCCGCCUGCGAGCGGACGCGAAGCCCGUGUUCAUGCGCGCGCGCCCACUCGCUUAUGCGCUGCGUGAGCCAGUGGAGCGUGCGUUAGAACAGCUGGUAAGGGACGGCAUCCUCACUCCGGUCGACCGCUCCGACUGGGCGACUCCAAUCGUACCGGUAAUUAAGAAAGACGGAACUAUCCGGAUUUGCGCUGAUUAUAAACUCACGUUAAAUAAACUAAUUGAAGUCGAUCGAUACCCAUUGCCGAAAGUCGACGAUUUAUUAACACGUGUAAACGGGGGGCAACGAUUUAGUAAGAUUGACUUAUCGCAAGCAUAUGCACAAUUUGAACUGGAUGAGUCAAAGCAGUAUAGCGUGAUAGCGACGCACAAAGGUUUAUAUAUGUAUAACAGACUGGUAUACGGUCUUGCUUCGAGUCCAGGCAUUUUUCAAAAGAAAUUGGAAGCAUUAUUUGCAGAUUUGCCUCAGGUAGGUGUUUUUCUUGACGAUAUUAUUAUUACGGGAAGAAACGACAAGGAACAUACGUCGAACCUGCAUAAAGUUUUCGAUAGAUUACAGGAGUACGGCUUACGUGUAAAAAAAGAAAAAUGUGUUUUCUUUGCCGAAUCUAUUAAUUAUUUAGGGUACUGUAUUAGUAAGAACGGGGUUCAUACCUGUCCGGAUAAGGUAAAAGCAAUUGUUGAUACACCAGCACCUAGCGACGUAUCACAGUUGAGAGCUUUUAUCGGUAUGGUGAUGUACUACGCGAAAUUCAUUAAAAAUGUUAGUACUAUUCUAGCACCUUUAUACAAUUUGUUGCGCGCCAAAAAUAAAUUUGUUUGGUGUGAACGAUGCGAGGCUGCUUUUAGAGAAAUUAAGCGAUUGUUAGUUUCAAGCGAGGUGUUGGUGCACUACUCGCCGGAUCUGCCUCUUGUGCUCACCGCUGACGCCAGCUCCACUGGGCUAGGGGCGGUAAUAUCGCAUCUCACACCGGAAGGAGAACGGCCCAUAGCUUUUGCAUCAAGAACUUUAACCUCGGCUGAACGUGCAUAUGCACAAAUCGAUAGGGAAGCAUUAGCUAUUAUAUAUGGUGUAAAAAAAUUUCAUCAAUUUUUGUACGGCCGGGAGUUUAUUUUGAGAACAGACCAUAAAGCACUUACUUUUAUAUUUGGCCAUAAAACAGGUAUACCGGUGAUGGCAGCGUCACGUAUACAAAGAUGGGCAAUCCUGUUAGCAGGGUAUAAUUAUAAAAUUGAAUUUGUUACAUCGGCUGAAAACUGUGCCGAUGGAUUAUCGCGCUUACCUCUUAUUAAAAAAGAAUGCCGUAGGACAGAAGGGUUGACUUAUUUGAACUUUGUUGAAAAUUUCUUACCUGUGACAAAUGACAAUAUAAGAAUUAACACUAGUCGAGAUAAACUUCUAAGUAGGGUAUUUUUGUAUAUGCAAUCGGGUUGGCCUACGAAAUGCCCAGAUGACGAAGUAAGACCGUAUUACGUCCGGCGCCAUGAACUAUACAUUGACCGCGGUUGCAUAAUGUGGGGUUACAGAGUGGUCAUUCCGCAGUCCCUCCGAUCUGAAAUUUUAAAACAGUUGCACAUCAGUCAUAUGGGUAUUGUUAAAACAAAGUCGUUAGCGCGUAGUUAUGUCUGGUGGCCACGUAUAGAUAAUGAUAUUGAAGUUGUAUGUCAGAAAUGUGAAACGUGCGCAGCGGAGGCGCCGGCGCCGCCGCGAGCUUCACCCAGCCCCUGGCCAUCCUCUCUAGAACCCUGGAGCAGGAUUCACGUCGACUUCCUCGGACCUUUUAAAGGGAAGACCUUCUUUGUUGUAAUCGAUGCCAGUACUAAAUGGUUAGAGAUUUUUGAGAUGAGUCGAACGACCGCUCAUGCAGUUAUAAAAAUCCUUAGAGAGACCUUCGCAAGAUAUGGUUUACCGACCCAGGUGACCUCUGACCGUGGACCGCCCUUCACAAGUAAUGAAUUCAUGAAAUUUCUGAAAGAUAAUGGCAUUAAUCAGUCAUAUUCACCUGCUUAUCAUCCGUCAUCAAAUGGCGCUGCAGAAAACGCUGUGAAACUAUGUAAACGGGCUAUUAAGAAAGCUUACAGAGAUGGCCUCGAUGUAGACGCUGCCUUACAAACCUUCCUUUUAGCCUACAGAAACAGCGUGCACAGUAGUACAGGUGACACGCCCGCUAUGUUACUGCAGAAGCGCCCCUUAAGAUCUAGGUUAGAUUUGUUAAGACCAAAUAGAGAGCGGGAAACUAGGGUACUAGAGGCUCAGCGUAAGCAGGUAGAAUAUGCUGGCGGUGUAACGAGACAGCUCGCCGAGGGGGAAGCGGUUUGGACUCGGGAGUAUGGAGGAAAUGAAAAAUGGGUCAAGGGUAAAAUAUGUAGGCAAGAGGGAACUCGUAGGUAUGUUGUAGACAACGGGGAUGGCAAAAUGAUGCAACGUCAUGUAGAUCAGAUCAGACGCAGAUCGCGGUUAUCCGAUGUCGCAUGUCCCAUGUCGGAUAAGGAGUUGAGUUCUACCGAGAGUGAGGUAGCUGUCGAGGAGUCGGUAGUGGUGCCAGAAGAGGGUGCAUCGGAAAUAGUCGUGGGGAAGGAGUUGCAGAUGCAUAAGGAUUUGCCUUCGAGCGCUAGUACGCAGUUAUCACCUCCAGCUCUUCCGUCACCACAACCGACAGCAGUAGUAGAGAACCGUCCCAAAAGAGUGCGUAACCCAGUGGUACGUUUCAGAAUAGAAUAAGAUUAGUUGAUAAGUAAUUAGGGAUUAUAGUACAUUAAAUUCAUAAGUUCUUUUAGUUUGUAAAUCAAAUGGUUUAGUAGAUUUGGCAGGGAGGUGUAAUGUAUGCUAGGUUAACAUUUGUAGGUAGUCACAUAAAUUAUGUCAUCUUUCUCUGUGUGAUUAAAUGGCGUAUGGUAAA